GCUGUGGCUAUCGGUGCUAGCUGGGCUAGCUGGCUGGUACAGUUGUUAAUCUGUCAGCCCGGAGCGAAAUGCUCACACUCUUGGGCUCUUCCGGAUCAGUCUUAUUUGAUGCAGAAGACCCUCUGAUGUGAUUUCAACUUGGUGCUUGUGGCCAAGGACAGACGUGCUGGCCAUGCUGCCACAGUAGAUAUGCCGUCACUGUGCUACUGAGAGAAGAAUGACAUUUGUCUCAUUUUAAUUCCUGGAGCUGCUUCAGGCAGCGGUGACGCUUGAUUAAAAAGCUGCUGCUCUAGGCUAAGUUGGUUUGUUUCAGCCCACAUCUUUGCACUACUGCUGCCUAGUGUGCAAAGUGUUGUAGCACCACAGGCCAAAUGAGCUGAAUUGUAAUCUGGCUGUUGCUGGGGUAUAAGACGCUGCUGUGGGAGUGGGAACUGGACUAGGAGAAAAGACCCACAGCGACACCCAUCAUGCUGCAAGGACACUAGGCUCCCUGUUUGAGUCUCCUCUGUGUGGUGCUUGUGUUUUUUUGUUUUUUUUUUUCCUUUCCUGCAAUCACUUCAAUUUGGAUGGUUGAGCACAAGGGUGACUUUGAAGGAGCCCACCGGUGGCUGUGGUUUGGCCAAAGACGACACAGUGUUUGCCAACUAUUACUGAUUUAGUACCCCUGUCCACUGCUAUCACUGCUGUAGCCCCCUUUACUGUGGUCCUCCAGUAUGGUGAGUGGAAGCUGGAGGCGUCGCCGUUGUAGAACUGAUCCAUCACUACUCGUGUAGCUGGUUACUUUCCAUCUCAUUUUGCACCGUGAAGGAUUGCAUCCCACUUUUAAAGGACCUUUCUCUCGAUGUUUUAAAGAGGGACAGUCAAGGUCAAUUUAAUAUUUUAAACUCCGGAAAGAAGCCCAGAGGAGGAUGAAGUUGAGGAAGCAGGUAACAGUGUGUGGAGGGGCCAUAUUCUGUGUGGCUGUAUUCUCGCUGUAUCUGAUGUUGGAUCGAGUCCAACAUGACCCUGCAAGGAGACAGAGCAGCGGAAACUUUCCACGGAGCCAGAUCUCAGUCCUGCAGAACCGGAUAGAGCAGUUGGAGCAACUCCUGGAAGAAAACCAUCAAAUCAUAAGUCACAUAAAGGACUCUGUGAUGGAGCUCACAGACACAGGAGCUGUGUCUCCCAGCGGCCACCUGCCUUUCAGGAGUGCCAAUGGUUCCUGGGUUCUACCCUUUGAUGGCCGCCCUACUUUCCUCGCCGUCAAGCCCCAGGAUUGCCAGUUUGCUGUAGGCAACCGCGGCCAAGCAGACGUUCAGAUGCUGGAUGUGUACUCCCUCCUGAAGUUUGACAACCCUGAUGGCGGUGUAUGGAAGCAGGGCUUUGAUAUCACUUACGAACCUGAUGAAUGGGAUAAUGAACCGCUUCAAGUGUUUGUGGUGCCUCAUUCCCACAAUGAUCCAGGCUGGGUCAAAACCUUUGACAAGUACUUCACAGACCAGACGCAACACAUUUUAAACAACAUGGUGGUGAAGUUGGCUGAGGAUCCACGAAGGAAGUUCAUCUGGUCUGAGAUUUCUUUCUUUUCCAAGUGGUGGGAGACAGCAGACAUACACAAACAGGAGGCCGUGCGCAAGCUGAUCCUUGGAGGGCAGCUAGAGAUUGUGACAGGAGGGUGGGUGAUGACAGAUGAAGCCAACGUUCACUACUUUGCCAUGAUUGACCAGCUUAUUGAGGGACAUCAGUGGCUGGAACGAAAUCUAGGCAUUACCCCUCGCAGUGGUUGGGCCGUAGACCCUUUUGGUCACAGUGCCACUAUGCCCUACCUGCUGAAGAGGGCCAACCUGACCAGCAUGCUGAUCCAGAGGGUUCACUACUCCAUCAAAAAACACUUCGCCUCCACCCGCAGCUUGGAGUUUAUGUGGAGGCAGGCGUGGGAUACUGGGGCAAACACAGAUAUCUUUUGCCACAUGAUGCCAUUCUACAGCUAUGACGUGCCUCAUACCUGCGGUCCCGAUCCAAAGAUCUGCUGCCAGUUUGACUUCAAACGGUUACCAGGUGGCCGAAUAAAUUGCCCUUGGAAAGUACCCCCGAAAACAGUGGUGGAGGCCAAUAUAGCAGAAAGGGCACACCUGCUCUUGGAUCAGUACCGUAAAAAGUCCAAACUGUACCGCAGCAAGGUGCUUCUUGUCCCCCUGGGGGAUGACUUCCGCUAUGACAAAGCCCUCGAGUGGGAUCAGCAAUACAUCAACUACCAGAAACUCUUUGACUACAUGAAUACUCACCCGGAGAUGCAUGUACAGGCUCAGUUUGGGACGCUCACAGACUACUUCAAUGCUGUUUAUAAAGCACACAGCAUACCCCAGGGAUCCAGACCUCCAGAAUACCCAGUGCUCAGUGGAGAUUUCUUUGCCUAUGCAGAUCGUGAAGACCACUACUGGACUGGCUAUUUCACCUCUAGGCCCUUUUACAAAAGCCUGGACCGUGUGAUUGAAUCACACCUGAGGGGGGCAGAGAUUCUUUACAGCCUGGCGGUUGCAAAUGCUCGACACGCAGGUAUGGAAGGACGCUACCCGGUCUCAGAUUAUGCCCUCCUUGUCGAUGCGAGGCGGUCGGUCGGUCUCUUUCAGCAUCAUGACGCCAUCACCGGCACGGCGAAAGAAAAUGUUGUCAUCGACUAUGGCACCAGAUUACUGCGCUCCCUCAUCGGCCUGAAGAGAGUAAUCAUCAAUGCCGCUCAUUUCCUGGUGAUGAAGAACAAAGAGUUUUAUCGCUUCUACCAGACUGAGCCUUUCCUGGAGACCGAUGACAGGCGUGCGACUCAAGAUUCUCUGCCCCAGCGCACUUUAAUCGAGCUGGACCCAGCAGGACCAAGGUACGUGGUUCUGUUCAACCCCGUCGAGCAGGAGCGGCUGUGUGCGGUUACUGUGUUGGUCAACACCGUCAGGGUGCGGAUACUCACCGAGGACGGACAGACCGUACCCGUGCAGCUCAGCGCUCAGUGGAGUUCUGCAAGUCAAAUGAGCGCAGAGGUGUUUGAGGCGACGUUCAUGGCUCGUCUGCCCCCACUGGGUCUGGCCGUGUUCCACCUUUACGACUCUCCAGACUCGCCGAUGACGCUGCGUUCUGAUACGCUGCUCAGGCUACCCGGACGGAGUGUCACUGCCCGGGCCGGGGACCCACUUCCUGUCCGAUCUCAACAGGCAGACGCUCAGACCUUCUACAUCAGCAGUCAGUCUCUCACACUCGGAUUCUCUGGAACCACCGGCCUGUUGGAGAGUAUCAAGCGCAAAGAUGAUCCUCGGGAAGUAAAGGUUCAGAUGCAGUUCAUGGUUUACGGCACUCGCCCCUCUAAGGACAAAAGCGGGGCUUACCUUUUCCUUCCUGACGGGAAAGCGAAGCCAUACAAUCAGAAAGAGCCUCCUGUGGUGCGCGUCGUUGAGGGGCCUCUAUUUUCAGAAGUAGUGGCACAUUACCAGCAUUUUCAGCAAACUAUUCGCAUCCACAAUGUGCCAGGUGUGGAUGGUUUGUCUGUAGAAAUCACUACCAUGGUGGACAUCAGAGAUCAGACCAAUAAGGAGCUGGCCAUGCGUCUGGUCACUGACAUCCAAAGCGGUGACGUCUUCUACACAGACCUCAACGGUUUCCAGAUGCAGCCUCGUCGCCACUACCUGAAACUUCCCCUGCAGGCCAACUUCUAUCCCAUGCCCAGCCAGGCGUACAUCCAGGACAGCCACCACCGCCUCACACUUCACACAGCCCAGUCUUUGGGUGUCAGCAGCCUGGAGAGCGGCCAGCUUGAAGUGAUUAUGGACCGGCGGCUGAUGCAAGACGAUAACCGUGGGCUGGGCCAAGGUCUGAAGGACAAUAAGAAGACGGCCAACCGCUUCCGAUUGCUGCUGGAGAGGAGAUCCACAGGCAACAAGCGUGAUGGCUUUUUCGCCAAACUCUCUUCAUUGUUUCGUUCUUUCUUCUCGCAAAUGUUGAGUGACGAAGUUCAAGAGAUGACGGACAGCGGGACAACUAGCUUUCCUUCUAUACUCAGCCACAUGACCGACGCUGUCCUGAACCAUGAGGUUUUGGCAUUACCCGUCCUACCCAAAAGGCGUGGCAUCCCUCCUUUGCAAACCUUCGCCCCUCUUAAGUCCCUUCUCCCCUGUGACUUCCACUUGCUGAACAUGCGCAGCAUUCAAAGCCAGCAGGACCCCCACUCUCCGUCUCCAUACACAGCCUUAAUCCUUCACCGUCUGGGAUUAGACUGUGGAUUAGAGGUUCAGAACCUGGGUUUCAACUGCACUACCACACAAGGACAGCUGAAUGUAUCGGGGCUGUUCAAAAACCUGGAUCUGCAGCUGCUCCAGCCCAUGUCUCUGACCCUCAUGCACUCUAGCACGCCUCUGGCUAACGACUCCACCAUCAGCCUGGAUCCCAUGGAGAUCUCCGCCUUUAAGCUGAAACUGCGCUAAGAGCCGUCCAAACUAAAGAGGCAGUGCGUUUAAAAAUCCCAGCAGGCAACGGACUCGUCGGACCAAUCACAAGACCUCACCUGGCCUCAGACUGGUCUUGGUCUCUGGUCUGUUUUGUCAAGCGCACACGCAGCACCACAAACACCACAGCUCAGAGAGGUAGGGUCCAUUGUAACAGGACUGACUGCACAGCAGGGGGCAGACGAUAGCUGUUACUGUGGACGUCUCCCGGAGCAGGACACCCGGGUGGGCUUGCAGCUGUUAGAAAAAUAAGAGACUACUAGAAUCAGGUACAGCUGGGUAUCUGUCUUUCUCUGUAAUCGAACAUGAAAUCUCAUUUAGUUCUGCUUUGUAAGAACUUGUGUCUUUUUCUAUCUUUGCGCCAUCCUGGACUGAACUAUUGAAUGUAAAUAUCCCAUUGACGGGGGCCUGGACUUGUGCCAUCAGAGUGCAAUUUACAAAGCUUUAUUUGGUGUAUGGGUUUUUAAUUUUUUUUUUUUUUUUUUUUUUUUUAAUGUUCGCAGUGAAGGAAAAAAUGCCACACAGCGAUUUUGGUUUUGUACCUGUCAGUCUUAAGUUGACUGCAGUUAAAGUUUUUUUUUUUUUUUUUUUUAUAGAUACGUCUCUAACGCAGCAAACAGAAUGUGAGGUCUCGUUCAUCUCUGCUCGCCAGGAGACCCAAACAGAGUCCAAGAGUCCCGCGUCAGUUACUACACGAUAACAAUGCGAUCAUUAAUCAUAUCUGCUUUUAUGCGCGAGUGUUCCUGUUUGUACAUCGUCUGAGGACUUUCUCUCCUUCACUGCUUUUUUUUUUUUUUCCCCUCCCCGAGCUUCCUCUUCGCUGUGUGCGCCGAUGAGAUAACUGGAAGGUCUGUGAAGGAAAUUUCGGUCGCUUUUCCAAGCCCCUGUCUGUCAUUCCUGUGCUGAUCCUUCACUGCUGAGAGGCUGGUUUUGUGUACCAAACUGUAUGCAGUAGGAGUGUAGACAAAGACUAUACCUCAUAUAUACCACAUGGCAGAUAUAUCAGUGUGUGUCUGUUUAGAGUAUGUGUAUGUGUAUACUUGAGGUUUUUUUUUUGUUUUUUUUGAGUGUAUCGAGGUUUCAGUGUACACUAUCAGGGACCAUACGUUGUACUGUUCGGCAUUUAUGAUCAGUCUGUGUCGGCCUGUGGGUCAUAAUGCAGAAAAGGAGCUUCCCAAUGACCAUCACAAUCUACAGUGGUUUCUGUCUGCGCCUGCAAGGAAAAAAAAAAACUUUUAUUCAUAAUUAACCCAAUAAGAUGUCAAAGGCUUCACACAGGGAAUCCGGCAAUCGAUAACAAAAGUGGAAUUAAUGUUUCUGCUUCAGCGUUUUAGUUUUAUUCUUGAAUUGUGCUGGUAGUCUGCAAUGAAUAUGUAUGAAACUUAAUUUGUGAUGCGCCAGGCAUUUAUUUUUUCCAUUUAAAAAAAAAAAAAAAAAAAAAAACUUGACAAGCAGUCUUUGCAGAAAGAGGGUGAGACUAGUUGAUAUUCUACUACAGCGCUGUGAAGAACGAUUCACUGGAACUGCUUUCUACUUGGAAAAAGUUUGAUAGCUGUGCUCUUACAAUGGAGACUCAUGUUUUUAUUGAGUAUAAUGUCAUUCACUUUGGGAGAGUAACAGUUCUUUCACCUCUAUCUCACUUUUGUUAUUCAGAAAGUAAAUCUAAGUCAUGCGUAGCCAGAUAACACUAAAAUUAGGAAAAGUUUCUCUAAAUGACCUGCAGUUUUUUUUUGUUUUUUUUUAAAAAUAUUGUAGCUCUGGAGUACUUCUUAACCUGAGGCUGUCUUGAGGCGUUCUGUAUUUUUUUAUUUUUUAUUUUUCUAGGGCGUAUCAGCCUUCACUCCACCGUGGAGGAUGUUGUCAUGUGUGUCCAAACCUGAGGCCGGACACAUCGCAGACACUUAUGUCGCACGUUUUUUAAACCGCGCCACCGUCUCUCACACCGUCACACUGUGCCCAUCACUUAUCCGCUCACCUUCCUCAUUCGCCACAGGACGUCUGCUGCUGCUUUGUUGCUCUCUUCCUCCCUUAAUGUCUGGUCUGCCAUAGUUCAACACACUCUGCUCUGUCAAACUGCAGACUGGCUCUCCCCCUGCAGCUGUGGUUAACAUUUACGUAAGGCCAGACUUCAUCGCAUCUUGAAUUGCACUUUCUCCUCUUGUCUUCUGUCGAGCAUUUUCUCUCGCGUGAGUCUCUGUAUAAAUGUGUUUUUUCAUUCUUUUUUGGGUUUUUUUUUUUUUUUUUUAAAUGUGAUCUUUGCUGUAGAGCUGUUUUUGUUCAUUCAGAGGUAAUAUAUGAAGGCAAGGUCUCUUCUGUAUUUAAUUCACGAUGCAGUACAGAUGAGAUAUGGAGUGAAUAAAGAUAAAAAUACAACAUGA